AGCGCAGGACAGCGGCAGAGGAGCUGGCCGCCCCACCCGGGCUGCCCGAGCCCGCCGCGGCCCUCCCGGGAUGUCCGAGGGCCCUGGGCAGCCCGCGCUAGCGAGCCGGAGGAUGGGACGGCGCCCGCAGCUGCGGCUCCUCAAGGUCCUUCUCAUCCUAGGGCUGAACCCUGUCUCUGGGUCCUUUCAGGACCAGCACUGCGAGAGCCUGUCCUUGGCCAAUAACUUCUCUGGGCUGCAGUGCAAUGCCUCCAAGGACCUCAUUGGCACCUGCUGGCCCCAGAGCCCUGCAGGGCAGUUGGUAGUCCGACCCUGCCCUGCCUUUUUCUACGGUGUCCGUUACAACACCACAAACAAUGGCUAUCGGGAGUGCCUGGCCAAUGGCAGCUGGGCUGUCCGUGUGAACUACUCUGAGUGCCAGGAGAUCCUCAAUGAGGAGAAAAAGAGCAAGGUACACUACCAUGUCGCUGUCAUCAUUAACUACUUGGGCCAUUGCAUCUCCCUGUUGGCCCUCCUGGUGGCCUUCAUCCUCUUUCUUCGACUUAGGAGCAUUCGGUGCCUGAGGAACAUCAUCCACUGGAACCUCAUCUCAGCCUUCAUCCUGCGCAAUGCCACGUGGUUUGUGGUUCAGCUCACCAUGAGCCCCGAAGUCCAUCAGAGCAAUGUGGGCUGGUGCAGGCUGGUGACAGCUGCCUACAACUACUUCCAUGUGACCAACUUCUUCUGGAUGUUCGGGGAGGGCUGCUACCUGCACACGGCCAUCGUGCUCACCUACUCCACUGACCGGCUGCGCAAGUGGAUGUUUGUCUGCAUUGGCUGGGGUGUGCCUUUCCCCAUCAUCGUGGCCUGGGCCAUUGGGAAGCUAUACUGUGACAACGAGAAGUGUUGGUUUGGAAAAAAGCCUGGAGUUUAUACCGACUACAUCUACCAGGGCCCCGUGAUCUUGGUUCUACUGAUCAAUUUUAUGUUCCUAUUCAACAUCGUUCGCAUCCUCAUGACCAAACUGCGGGCAUCCACCACAUCUGAGACCAUUCAGUACAGGAAGGCUGUGAAGGCCACUCUGGUGCUGCUUCCCCUCCUGGGAAUUACCUACAUGCUGUUCUUUGUGAACCCUGGGGAGGAUGAAGUCUCCCGGGUUGUCUUCAUCUACUUCAACUCCUUCCUGGAAUCCUUCCAGGGCUUCUUUGUGUCUGUGUUCUACUGUUUCCUCAACAGUGAGGUCCGCUCUACCAUCCGGAAAAGGUGGCACCGGUGGCAGGACAAGCACUCCAUCCGUGCCCGUGUGGCUCGUGCCAUGUCCAUCCCCACCUCCCCCACACGAGUCAGCUUCCACAGCAUCAAGCAGUCCACUGCAGUGUGAGCUGCAGGUCACAGAGUAUCCCCUGAAGUCUGCAGUUGGUGAGAUGAUGGCCAGGCCCCACUGCUACCCUGAGUGAGAAGACCAGCUCCUCCUCACACCCAUAUCCACGGGGGCAUCUGGAACACUUCUGGCCCAUGAGAUAAGCUUCAGGCUGGGUCCCACAAGGAACAGAAGAUGAACUACAAGACUGAACUGUGCUCAGGGUCUAUGCCUCACUACUGGGUCCCUAUCACUGUCUGCCAGAGGAAGGGUUGGAGGUGGAGUGGGUUGGAGAGAGCUGAGACACCCACAGCAGCACAUGGCUUUUCUUGGAGGUGUUUUCUCCCCAAGCACCUGGAUUUCCUUACAGCUGUGGGACCUCACACUGUCGUGGGCCUCAGGGGGAUUUUCCCAGGAUAUCCAGACCACCACUGGCACCAUGUACUGGGCCUGAGCCUUCCCACAACACUGAGAACCAAGUCUGUGCCAUAAAGGUCCCAUAGAUGUCACCACCAGACACCAUCCCCUGCCUCUAGACACCACCAGUGCUCUGGCACUGCCAUCAGAAAUGCCCUGCCUUGCUGCCUUUCACCCUCAGGCCUUUACUACCCUGCAGCCACACAGCACCCCUCAAACACCCUGAUAGCUUCACUCUGAUUCAUGUCACCUACUCUGGCUGCCUCCCCCUUUGAGAGAAGAUGAGAGGGUGACAGAAUGGCCUGUGAGCAAAAGCCAGGGUGUGACUCAGACUCCUUUGAGGGGGUAGGAAGCCCUGAGGACCUGCCUGCUGGCCCUCAGAGGUCCAGCUUCUGGGGUGACCCCUUUGCUGGUUACAGGGUGUCCAUAGCCUUUAGGCGGCCUAUGGGACAGCUUCUAUAGUGGAGCAGAAACAGAAGUGGUGUGAUGCAACUGCCCCCAUACACACACCCAGUGUCCUGGAGCAGAACAUGCAGGAUGCAUGGCUCUGAGGACAAAUUGGCCAGGAGGAGGUUCUCAGCCCAGUGUAUACUUGUGGCCACCACCAGGCCCAUCCCAGUCCAGAGCAGGCUCGGGGAUGCAAAACUGAGAGAUGAGAGUUCCAGCUGUGGGGGCAAGGGGGAGUGGCAAAUUUAAAUAUUAAUAUUUAUCUUUUCAGCCAUUCUCUGUGCAGGUGUAGAUUGUGGGGAAUGUGUGAAGAAGGUAGUCCAAGAACCGAGGAACGUGUUCAUAUUUUGGGGCUACUAUGACUGGAAAACUGCUCCUAUUCAGUAUGUAUAAGACCAGGAGCCAGGCAAGGCUGAGGGAAAACUGGCUGGCUAACAAGGAUAAGGGGAGUUAUAGGGAGAGAAAGCCCUGGGGGAGGGGUGGGGAAGCCCAUAGGGGUAGGC